CUCCUUUCCCUACCUCAACAAGCAACUUGAAUGUCUGAAUGCAAACACAGACUGUGAGAAGAACCUGUUUUUGUCCCGUGAAUGUUAGAAGAACCUAUAUUUCACAGAAACUACAGUAAAUCUUCAAUCACUGAUCAGAUACCCUGUCUCUAACAAGAUGUCAUCUCGAAUUUCAAACAAAGACGAUGCAGAGCGAUACCUUUUUGUAGACCGAAACCCUAUGAGUAGCACUGCCACUCAGGCUGACUGGACAUCAAAAAAGCUUGUUUGGGUUCCUUCAGAAAAGCAUGGAUUUGAAACGGCUAGUGUAAAGGAAGAGCGAGGCGAUGAAGUCAUGGUGGAGCUGUCAGAAAAUGGCAAGAAGAUAUUGAUCAAUAAAGAUGAUAUACAGAAGAUGAACCCACCCAAAUUUACCAAGGUCGAGGACAUGGCAGAGCUAACCUGCUUGAAUGAAGCAUCUGUAUUGCACAACCUCAAGGAUCGUUACUACUCUGGCUUAAUUUAUACAUAUUCAGGUCUCUUUUGUGUAGUGAUUAAUCCUUACAAGAACCUUCCUAUAUAUACUGAACAAAUAGUGGAAAUGUACAGAGGAAAAAAACGCCAUGAGAUGCCCCCUCACAUAUAUGCUAUAUCAGAGACAGCUUAUCGCAGCAUGCUUCAAGAUCGAGAGGAUCAGUCCAUCCUUUGCACUGGAGAAUCAGGAGCAGGUAAAACCGAGAAUACAAAGAAGGUCAUCCAGUAUCUAGCUCAUGUUGCUUCAUCACAUAAAGGGCGUAAAGAACAUACAAAUCCGAGCUCCAGCAUUGUGUCAUAUGGAGAACUUGAGCAACAACUCCUACAGGCGAAUCCUAUCUUAGAGGCCUUUGGGAAUGCAAAGACAGUAAAAAAUGACAAUUCUUCGCGAUUUGGUAAAUUUAUCCGUAUUAAUUUUGAUGUAGCUGGUUACAUCGUUGGAGCCAACAUUGAAACCUAUUUACUGGAAAAAUCUCGAGCAAUUCGUCAAGCCGUAGAUGAACGAACAUUUCAUAUCUUUUACCAGCUUUUGGCGGGAGCUAAUGAACAUAUUAAAACUGACUUACUAUUGGAAGCUUUUGCUCAGUAUCGUUUUCUGUCUAACGGCAACAUAACCAUCCCUGGGCAACAAGACAAGGAGAUCUUCCAGGAGACACUGGAGUCCAUGAAAAUCAUGGGCAUUAACCAUGAAGAAAUCAUGUCAAUGUUGAAGAUGGUUUCAGCAGUUUUGCAAUUUGGAAACAUUAUUUUUCGUAAGGAAAGAAACACAGACCAGGCUUCGAUGCCUGAUAACACAGCUGCUCAAAAAUUAUGCCACCUGUUGGGACUGAAUGUCACAGAGUUUACACGUGCCAUCCUGAUGCCAAGAAUUAAAGUUGGACGUGAUUAUGUUCAAAAGGCCCAGACUAAAGAACAGGCUGACUUUGCUGUGGAGGCUCUUGCAAAGGCACAAUAUGAAAGACUUUUCCGUUGGUUGGUUCAACGCAUCAACAGGGCUCUAGAUAGAACAAAGAGGCAGGGGGCAUCAUUUAUUGGAAUUCUGGAUAUAGCUGGAUUUGAAAUAUUUGAGCUGAACUCCUUUGAACAAUUGUGCAUUAAUUACACAAAUGAGAAGCUGCAGCAGCUCUUCAAUCACACCAUGUUCAUUUUGGAACAGGAGGAAUAUCAGAGGGAAGGCAUUGAAUGGAAUUUUAUUGACUUUGGUUUAGAUCUUCAGCCAUGCAUUGACCUCAUUGAAAGGCUGGCAAACCCUCCAGGUGUUCUGUCCCUAUUGGAUGAGGAAUGCUGGUUUCCCAAAGCUACCGAUAAAAGUUUUGUUGAAAAGGUUAUUCAGGAAUUGGGGACACAUCCUAAAUUCCAGAAACCAAGACAGCUGAGAGACAAAGCUGAUUUGUGCAUUAUCCAUUAUGCAGGGAAGGUGGAUUACAAAGCAGAUGAAUGGCUGAUGAAAAAUAUGGAUCCUUUGAAUGAUAAUGUAGCGACAUUGUUACACCAAAGUACAGAUAAGUUUACUGCAGAGCUUUGGAAAGAUGUGGAUCGAAUUGUUGGAUUGGAUCAAGUGACUGGAAUGUCUGAGAUAUCAUUUGGUGGUUCCGCAUACAAGACAAAAAAAGGCAUGUUUCGCACAGUGGGACAACUGUACAAAGAGUCACUAUCGAAGCUCAUGUCUACAUUGAGAAACACUAACCCUAACUUUGUCCGCUGUAUCAUUCCAAACCACGAGAAAAAGGCUGGAAAACUGGAGCCUCACCUGGUCCUUGACCAAUUACGUUGUAAUGGAGUACUCGAAGGAAUCCGAAUUUGCAGACAGGGUUUCCCAAAUCGAAUUAUCUUUCAAGAGUUCAGGCAAAGAUAUGAAAUUCUGACUCCAAAUGCUAUCCCCAAAGGUUUUAUGGAUGGCAAGCAAGCAUGUCAUAUAAUGAUCAAGGCUUUAGAGCUGGACCCAAAUCUGUAUCGUUUAGGACAGAGUAAAAUUUUCUUCCGAGCUGGAGUACUUGCUCAUUUGGAAGAGGAGAGAGAUUUGAAGAUCACAGAUAUAAUUGUGCUUUUCCAGGCAGCUGCCCGUGGAUACCUGGCCAGAAAAGCAUUUAUGAAGAAACAGCAACAGAUGAGUGCCCUUAAAGUAGUACAGCGAAACUGUGCUGCAUACCUGAAACUAAGACACUGGCAAUGGUGGCGGCUGUUUACCAAGGUUAAGCCAUUGCUUCAAGUGACCCGACAGGAUGAGGUUAUGCAAGCAAAAGUAGUAGAGCUACAGAAAAUUAAAGAUAACCAAGUAAAGACUGAGAUGGACCUGAAGGAUCUGGGUAAUAAGUAUCAGCAGUUGUUAGAAGAAAAGUCAAUUUUGGCAGAACAGCUACAAGCAGAGACAGAGUUGUUUGCUGAGGCAGAGGAAAUGAGGGCCAGACUUGUAUCAAAGAAGCAGGAGCUUGAGGAAAUUUUGCAUGAUUUGGAAUCUCGUGUGGAAGAGGAAGAAGAACGCAACUUGCAAAUGCAGAAUGAGAAAAAGAAAAUGCAGCAGCAUAUGCAGGACUUGGAAAACCAGUUGGAAGAAGAAGAGGCUGCUCGACAGAAACUUCAGCUGGACAAAGUAACAACUGAAGCUAAGUUCAAAAAGAUGGAAGAGAGUAUACUAUUGCUUGAAGAUCAGAAUGCAAAACUAAGCAAGGAGAGGAAAAUGUUUGAAGAUCGGAUUUCUGAUUUUACUUCCACCAUGGCAGAGGAAGAAGAGAAAGUAAAAAGUCUGAGCAAGCUCCGUAAUAAAUAUGAAGCCAUUAUUGCUGAUAUGGAGGAUCGUUUGAAAAAAGAAGAAAAGGGAAGACAGGAGAUGGAAAAGUUAAAGAGAAAGUUGGAUGGAGAGACAACUGAUUUACAUGAUCAACUCCUAGAGCUCCAACAGCAGAUUGAGGAACUAAAACAACAACUGGCUCGCAAGGAGGAAGAACUGCAAGCUGCUCUUGCUAGAGUUGACGAAGAAGCUGGUCAAAAAAACAGCUUGUUGAAGCAGCUACGUGAGUUACAAUCUCAGCUUGCUGAGUUACAAGAAGAUAUGGAGUCAGAAAGAGCUGCACGGGCAAAGGCAGAAAAACAGCGCCGGGAUCUAGGAGAGGAACUGGAAGCAUUAAAAACUGAAUUAGAAGAUACUUUGGAUUCAACUGCAACACAGCAGGAACUGAGGUCAAAACGGGAACAAGAGGUGACCGACCUCAAGAAGACAAUUGAAGAAGAAGCAAAAGUACAUGAAUCUCUGGUUUUGGAGAUGCGCCACAGGCAUACACAGGCUGUUGAAAAUAUCUCAGAACAACUUGAACAAUCGCGCAGGUUGAAAGUCAAUCUAGAGAAAGUGAAACAGACUCUUGAGAGUGAGAACUCUGACUUGGUCAAAGAAGUCAAAUCUCUCCAGACAGCUAAACAGGAUUCGGAACAAAAAAGGAAAAAACUAGAGGCACAGGUGUCUGAACUUCAGAUUCAAGUUGUUGACAGUGAAAGAGUAAAGACCGAACUUGCAGAAAAAUUUAACAAGCUCCAGGCUGAGUUGGAUGGAAUGUCCUCUUCAUUAGGUUCAACAGAAACCAGAGCUAUCAAGCUAAGUAAGGAUCUGUCUACUGUGCAGUCAAAUCUUCAGGAUACCCAGGAUUUGCUUCAAGAGGAGACAAGACAAAAACUGAACAUGAGCUCCCGAGCAAAGCAGUUAGAGGAUGAAAAGAAUAAUCUUUUGGAGAGACUGGAUGAAGAAGAAGCAGCCAAAGGUCACCUAAGCCGCCAGAUUCAAGCUCUACAGCAACAACUACUUGAGUCUAAAAAGAGAAUGGAAGAAAAUGGUGGUGUAGUGGAAGGCCUGGAAGAUGCCAAGAAGAAGAUGGCAAAGGAGUUAGAUCUUAUGCAACAGCGUUUUGAGGAAAAACAUCAAGUCAAUGACAAGCUAGAAAAAACUAGGAAUCGAUUGCAACAGGAACUGGAUGAUUUAUUGGUGGAUCUAGAUAAUCAACGACAAAUUGUUUCAAACUUGGAAAAGAAACAGAAGAAGUUUGAUCAGAUGCUAGCGGAAGAAAAGAAUAUUUCAGCACGGUAUGCAGAAGAGCGAGACAGAGCAGAGGCUGAGGCUCGUGAAAAAGAAACUAAAGCUCUGUCCCUGGGUCGAGCACUUGAAGAAGCUCUUGACCUAAAGGAUGAACUUGAUAGACACAAUAAACAGCUACGAGCAGAGAUGGAUGACCUUAUAAGCUCCAAGGAUGAUGUUGGCAAAAAUGUUCAUGAAUUGGAAAGGUCUAAGAGAGCUUUGGAACAACAAGUACAGGAAAUGAAAACCCAGAUAGAAGAACUGGAAGAUGAGCUUCAGGCAAAUGAAGAUGGAAAACUGCGCCUGGAAGUCAACAUGCAAGCCAUGAAAGCACAGUUUGAAAGGGACCUCCAAAAUAGGGAUGAUUCAAGUGAUGAGAAGAAGAAAUUGCUAUUCAAACAGGUACGAGAUCUAGAAGUCGAAUUAGAUGAAGAACGAAAACAAAAGGCUCAAUUUGUUGCUGCUAAGAAGAAGCUUGAAAUGGAUCUGCAAGAAAUGGAGAGCCAGAUAGAUGGUGCUAACAAGGGCCGGGAAGAAGCAGUAAAGCAGCUAAAAAAAUUACAGCUCCAGUUCAAAGAAGUAUGGCGUGAAGUGGAGGAAACACGGUCAUCACGAGAGGAGAUUUUCAUCCAGUCGAAGGAAAAUGAGAAGAGACUUAAGAGUUUGGAAGCAGAACUUCUCCAGUUACAGGAGGAUUUGGCAGCUGCUGAACGUGCAAAGAGACAAGCUCAGCAGGAGAGAGAUGACUUAGCAGAUGAACUGUCGAAUGGCGUCAGUGGCAAAUCUGCCCUACUGGAUGAAAAGCGUGCUUUGGAGGCCAGAAUAGUGCAACUAGAGGAGGAACUUGAUGAGGAACAGAAUAACAUGGAGCUUUUAAAUGACAGAUACAGGAAGUACACCCUUCAGGUUGAAACAAUGACCACUGAGCUGUCAGCAGAGCGAAGCUUCUCUCAAAAGGCUGAAAAUUCCCGCCAACAAAUGGAAAGGCAAAACAAAGACCUAAAGGUGAAAUUAAAUGAGUUGGAUUCCACUAUCCGGUCAAAAUACAAGAUCUCUAUUGCCUCUUUAGAAUCUAAGAUUGCACAGCUGGAGGAGCAAAUGGAACAAGAGUCAAGAGAACGUUUGUUGGCCAACAAGUUAGUUCGACGUGCUGAAAAGAGACUAAAGGAAGUUCUUUUGCAAGUGGAGGAAGAGCGUAGGAAUGCUGAUCAAUUUAAGGAUCAGCUUGACAAGGCUCAUAUCAGAAUGAAGCAAUUAAAACGUCAACUAGAGGAGUCUGAAGAGGAAGCGUCUAGAGCAAACUCAAACCGUCGAAGACUGCAAAGAGAAUUGGAGGAUGUGACAGAAUCAGCAGAAUCCAUGAACCGUGAAGUCACUACACUUAGAAGCAGGUUGAGACGGGCUCCUAUUCAACUCACUACACGCACAAUCCGCCAGGUAUACCACCUUGAAACUAUGUCUGACGAGGAUUCGGAAGCUACUAGUGGGGAGCCAUCUGCUAACCAUCAACAGGCCCAGAAAGAGUGAAAGAAAAAGACAUGUAGUAUAGCUCAUCUACCUUUCCCUACGCCUAUCAACAGCAAAUGAUAUUGAACAUUGAAUGGUGCAACACAUACUAUAACAUACUUUAACUUAAGACCAUGUAAAGGGUGACUAAAAUGUUCUAAUGACUUCAUACUAUGGAGGAGACUUACCAAAAUAUUGUGUUCUGAAUAGUGUUGUUAAGAUGUAAAAAGUCACCAAAAGAAUAUGAAUUCUGAUCUCAUUGGUUUCUUUGGUUACUGCCCCACUUCUAGCACUUUGCUCCAUUUUUCAGAACACCAUAGAUAAAUAAAUCCUAUAUGUAUUCUUAAGCCAUACAUUUCAUUGAGUAUUUUAUAAAACUCAAGGUAUGGUAUGGUAUGAUAUGCGGUCUAUUAUCCGAUUAAGAGUCUAUAAAAAUUACAUUAUGUAAAAUCUUAGAAU